GCAUUUAGAGACACAAAUUCCACCCAGUCAGGCUAAAUGAAAUCUGCAGGGCCCCGGUCUUAUCUUCUUUGAUAACCCUCAUUAAUCCAGUGAGCUUCUGAGGACAAAAAAGAAGAAAUGAAUUGUUUCAUUUGUGUCGCUUGGAUGGAAUGCUAAUGAGGGGAGGUGGAGGGGAAAAAAAGUGAAUUAUUCAUGCCAGCCGACUCAACUCCUGGCUUCCCUUGUUACCAUUGCAACAAGUGUCUGUCGGCCUAGUCGAGGGCAAAGCAAGGAGAACGGUUUGUAACAACCAGAGAAGAAAGAUGCCUUCCCAGGAAAGGAAACCUGUGUUCUUGAGCUGCAUCGCACACAGCCGGGUGGAUUUAAGAAAAGCAAAACCCACUCCAGCCUGGAAUCGGGAAAGAAAGGCUUUUGUAUCUCAGAUUUGUUUCAUGAUCAACCAUUCCUCCUGGGACAGACCCUGUUGCCUUGGAAUAAGAGAAAACCAGUAUGAUGCUACCGCUUGGGAAACAUGCAAAACUGUGCAGUUUAAUAAACCAGCAAAGAAAGAGGUGAACUGGAGAAAGGACUCUGUGCCAUCACAGAACACAAAAAUGAUUCCAUCUCUGCUCAUUUCACAGAUGAUUGAUGAGAAUAAAUCAAAAGAAAAUAAGGCUGCUUUCUCUGUGCAAUCUGUAAUCACCCAGUCUGAUGUUUGUCACAUGAACCAAUCUUUGGCUAAUCAUAGAUCAGUCAACAUUAAUAGAGCAUUCGUGUUGCUUCCUAGAAGAUUAGGAAUUCAAAUAUCUUCCGAUGACAGUGUGUUUGGAACAAGCAUUGAUAGGGAAGAGGACAAACAAGGGCGCAACCAGAAGAAAGGCUUUGCUUCCAUCACAAUCACUGCUCGACGAAUUGCUUCCCCUUGUAAGAGUGAAAUGAAGGUGGAUGAAUCCAACCCUUCUUGUUUGAAAUGCCAGGAGAGUAAGCUGGCAAUAAACACUGCUCCUGCUUCCUGUGUUACUGGGCUAGAUCAGCUCUGUGGAUCUUUGCACACUCAACAAUGCUGUCAGAAUCAAAAUGCAGCUGAAAUAAGCGUUUCCGAAUCUUGCCUGCCACAGUGCAAGGGGCAGUCUGACUGGAUUUCUAGCACUGAAAGCAGAGGCAGCCAAGUGGUUCCCCCAGGAAAGAGCCAUAACAAAGAAGCAUCACUUUCUUUCACUUCUAGUGUUCACGUCAACAUUUCUCCUCAGUGUCCAAAUUCAAUAUAUUACAUGGAUAAAUCUCUCUCCGUGCCUGUCAGUCAACCUCGGACAAAGCACCAAAAAAUUCAUAGGUCAGUAAUGUCUUUUAAUAUAAAUUGCAGUUCUCCCAAUUUAACGCCAGAUGGAGUGGAUGGUUUAGCUAAUGGGGAACUAAUCACAGAAGUACUUAAGACAAAGGAGGAGAGCAAGAUACCGCUCAAAGCAAUUUGGAAUGUAGAUCUCAAGGAGAAUUUCUUGGAUAAAAAACAGACAUUGCAAACAGACUCUUUAGGGACUGAGUAUCUCUGGAAGGUUACCACUCUGUCUGAAGCCCUGUCUGUUGCGGGUAGCCCUCAAGGACAUGAACAGCUAAAGCCAAGAAAGAGUAAUGAUGGGAACUCAGGUGGCAAUCACAUUACGUUGUCCUCUCACAUUCUUCACUGGUCUUAUGAUGAAGGCACUCAAGCUUUCUCAGGAAGUAACAGAAAACAGUGCACUAGAGACAAACACUGUGAAACGACACCUGCUUCCUUUCUGGACCCAUCAUCCAAGAAAGAGUUAACGGUGGAAGGUAGGAUUUCUUCAGAAGACAAACAUCUACCCAAAGACACUUCAAAGUCCAAAGAGAGUCGGGCCCAAAGCUUUCUAAAACCAAAAAACUCUAUUUCUGAUUAUGGGUGUCAUUCCAAGUUUUUAUCAAACACAGCACUGAAUGAAAACGAAAUCCACAAGAAAGAUCCAUUCCCUAAAGGUGAUUACAAAUUCUGUUCUUCAACUAUCACGCUGAAGGAGUGUAAGCAAAGUGAGAAGAACGAGAUGGUCGGCAGGGUAACAACCUCCAUGGCUCAUAAACCAGAUGUUCCUCAUGAGAAACAUGACGCUUUACAGCAGCCAGAGGUCUGCUCUGAGCCUGAGAAAAUUCCUGCAAACCCACUGACUCUGAGGGAGGCUUUGGAAGUUCACAAACCUCACUUCAUUUCUCGCUCACAAGAACGGCUGAAGAAACUUGAAAACAUGAAGCAGAUGAGGAAAACCCAGCAGGGAGAUGCUUCAGGAAAAAAGCAAGCUGUUCUUUCUCGCAAACUAUCUUCAUCUUCCAUUACAAGUAAGAAGAAACAAUAUACAGUUCCACACCCUCUCAGUGAUAAUCUCUUCAAGCCAAAAGAACGGUGCAUUUCAGAAAAGGAAAUGCAUAUGCGAUCAAAAAGGAUUUAUAACAAUCUGCCUGAAGUGAAGAAGAAGCAAGAAGAGAAACAGAAAAGGAUCAUCUUACAGAGCAAUAGGAUGAGAGUUGAGGUGUUCAAAAAGCAAUUGUUGGAACAGCUUCUUCAAAGAAAAACAGAUUGACUAAGGACUUCUGCUUGGACCAUGGACACCUUUGAAAAUUAAAAAGCCAUGCUAAACCUAGCAUGAUCUUCAUUACAUGGAGCCUUCACUUGUUUUUAUAAACAAAAAAGAUACUUAAAAAUGAAGUUAGAUUUCAUUUUAUAUUUCUGAAAAAAAUACUGAAUUAUAUUCAUAUAGUUAAUGAGUCAUGGAAAUAAGCUUUAAAAUGGUUUUAUGCAAUUUGGGGGCAACACAGUAUUAUUAUUAUUUUUUAAACCUCAAAGCCUACUUUUUAAUCAUACAUGCAGACCAAUGAAAACUUAAUCCAUACCCCCCAAAAAUCGUUCCUAUAUAUUUUACUUGCAGAUUGCCUUUAGAUAUAAACCUAUUUGCAAUGGAAGCAAACAUGAAUAUCAUUUUUGUUAUGGUUAGAAAUGAGCUAAAAUAGCAUUACCACCUAAAUCUUUUGUGCAGCAGUUUUCAAUUAACAGUUAACAUAGUAUCAGGACCAAUAUUUUAGACCUCAGAAGGACUGUAUUUCUGUUUUUAUAGUGAACCCAAAUAAUGGGGUUACCUGUUAAAAACCAGUCUUUAGAACGAAGCUAAUAACUCUUGAAAAAUAUUCUUUGCUGAACAGUAUAAUUUUGCUGAGUUUUACUGGGAGUAAUGUAUUUAUAGAAGUGACAUAUAUUUAUUUUUUAAAUGUCACAAGUCUGUUCAGUGGUUUUGACCAAGAAAAAUGCUUCUGUAACGAUGAUAUAAUUAAGAACAGCUAUAAUGCAUGCUACAAAAAUAUUUUAA